UCUAUCGUAAGGUUACCUUGCAGAAUAGUAUUUAUUCCCCGUUAUUUUCAUCAGAGUCACCAUUCACGUCAUUUCUCCACACCCACUGCAGCUACCAGCCAGCAGCUUUAGAUUCCCUAGUUGAUCCACCCAAAAGUUUAAAGCACCCAGAAACAUGGUUGAAGAAAACCUUAACAACAACAACAACGACAUCAACAACAUCAGAUCUUCUUCACCAAGUUCUGCAAAUGCGAAUACAAAUACAAACACAAACACAUCUCCACGUCGCAAAAAUUCAACUAUACCUGAACAUGAACCUACAGCAACUCUGAAUCGACGUCGUUCCAAUCGUUGGUCUACAGAUGGAAUCCCUUCAGGAAAUCGCAGAAGAAGUUCGACUUUCUCAGAAUACUCGCUGAACGAAUUUAAUAAGAGUUUAAGGGACUCGACCGACGAUAUCUUGUUUCCUAAACCUAGCGAUAUGAAGGAGGAAAAUAAUCAUGAUAAUUCACCUUGGGAUUCGGCUCCUUUGGCAUUUGCUCUUCUGCCGGCAAUUGGAGGACUUUUCUUCACAAAUGGUAGUUCGGUCAUAACAGAUAUUAUGUUACUUGGGUUUGCAGCCAUUUUGUUGAAUUGGUCUGUGAGAGUACCUUGUAAGUUACUAUUUAAAAGAAUCCAGUCUGCGAGAGUGUGCGAGUUAGACAUUAUGGAGAGAGGUUCCAAUGAGGUGUUGACAGAAUUCAUGCUGAUUAUUCAGGGGACUGGUAUCAUUCAGCACAAGCAAUCCGGACAAGAGGAGAAUAUAAUGAAGAAAUAAUUAGGGAAGAAGGAACUGAGGAUGAAGGGGGAAUGGACUCUACGACCGAGAACCUUCAAACUACUUCGGACCAGAAGCCGAACCCGCAAUCCAAGACAGAACGACGUCACUCUGCACAUGAGACUGCUACCAAUGAACUUUUUAUUCAUGAGUUACUGGCUUUCAUAUCAUGUUUCAUAUCCCCAAUAGUUGGAGCGUAUAUACUACAUUCAAUACGAUCACAAUUAAGCCGGCCGUCCGAAGGAUUGGUCUCGAACUACAAUUUGACAAUAUUCUUACUAGCAUCAGAAUUGAGACCAAUGGCACAUCUAGUCAGGCUAUUACGAGCAAGAACACUACAUUUACAAAGAGUGGUGAAUUCAAAUCCGUACGAUGACUCUAUUGGAAAGACGUCCGAGCACAUUCAAGAAUUGAUCCAAAGAUUGGAGAAAUUAGAAACUCGGGCCUCGAAUGUAGACAUAUCUGCCGGAAAUGCACCGGAGCCGCUCUUGAAUGGGAAACAAUCGGCAAUUCUUACAACAGAGGUUCGUCGUACAAUGCAACCAGACUUAGAUGCUCUUAAUCGAGCUGUACGUCGUUAUGAAAAACGUGCCACGCUUCAGUCAUUCCAAACCGAGAGCCGCCUAUUAGACUUGGAAGCACGAUUAAAUGAUGCUAUUUCAUUGGCAGCCGCAGCAGCGAAUAAUUCACAAAGGCGUGGUGCUUUUGGGAUAGUUUUCGAUUGGAUAGCCUCUGCUAUGACAUUUCCAUUACAGGCUUUCGGUACUAUUGCGAGCCUUCCUUUCAAGACACUUCUCUCGGUGGUCAAUUAUAUCCAAUUUCUGCUUGGUGGUCAGAUACAAACUGAGAAAACUAAAAGGAAUUCAAAUGGUAGAUAUGCGCCUCAUUCAAAGGUUAGUGAUCGUGUCCAAGGCAAACUGAGGAGAUGAGAUUUCAACAGUUGGAAAGUUGGCAUUUCGCCAUUAUAAUGAUAAAGGCAGAACCAAUCAAUGAAAUGAAUCAUGCCACUUGCCUUGAAUUUUUAAAGCGAAUAACUAAAGAAGGGUUUUCCUUAAGCCUUUUGAAACAUCCGUCGCCUUGUAGACUUUGUGAUUGGUUUCCAAGGGUAUGGUCGUUACACUGGCUGGGAGAAACGCAUCAUAGGGGAUCUUUACUAAGGACGUCACAAAUAGUCUCUUGUUAUACGGGUGUAAUGCAUACAAAUCCGACCUUAUUGUAGCUUUUCGAUUCAAACACCCUUGAGAAAGCAUGGCGGGCGUUGCAAACAUCUGGAGUUUGUUUCGUAUUUCCAGAAGCACUUGCUACAAUGCGCAGAUAUCGUGAGUCAGCAUGGUCAACAUGUUUUGGAAAGUGUAGAUUUCGCAGCUUAAGAAGGCUCAAUGUCCCUCAGUUAU